GCGUUCAGUGAUGAACUGUGUGGAUUACAAUUUACGAUCGUUUUGGUUUCUUGUUGCACCCCGUCUUCGCAAGCUGCGUGUUUAUUUUCUCCUUUGUCUCUAUGACCUCUAUAACAAGAUAACUCAACGUCUGCGAUGUACAGAGUCGCGGCCCUACAAAAGCGAUUAGCAAAGUAAACAGCUUUUCGGCAACGUAUGCGAUGAAACCUUGCGAUGAUGAUGAUAGAUGUAGUAGCCUCAUUUUCUUAUUAAUUCUUCAGGGUGCAAGGAGCGCCUACGAUGGCUUUACCUAGACCUACACGAUCCUUUUAUCAAAUCGAAAACUAAUGAAGUUGCCAGAUAGAGUUAUGCUGGGCCAGCAGCCAGUCUACGUGAAGGGCAUGAGGAAAUGUUACCGACGCCACAGUAAUUCUGUUUCGACACAAGAUGUCCACAGAAGAACUUAAUUCAUGUGACCUCGGAACUAAAGAAUAUUGGGCAUCGGCCUAUGCAAAAGAAUUAAAAAACUUCGAAGAAUUUGGCGAUGAAGGGGAAAUAUGGUUUGGUGAGCAGAACGAGUGUCGCAUAGUGAAAUGGGUUGCUAAAAAUUUCGCUGUGUCAGACUCUAUAGUCGACAUCGGAUGUGGCAACGGUCAUCUACUCGUCCGUCUGGCUGCGGAUCACAAUUUCAGUUGUUUAUUAGGUUUGGACUACGUGGAGGAAGCACUUACUUUAGCAAAAAGCCUUGCUGUUUCUAAGAACGUUCAGGGCUCCAUAGGCCAUAAGGUUUGUGAUCUUCUUUCGAGUCCGCUUACUAUCUUAGAAAAUGUUGGCACGAUAGCGCACGCAGUCGUUGUGGACAAGGGGACCUACGAUUCCAUUUGUCUUAUGCCAAAUAUGGAUCAGGCCAAACGGAAUGCCUAUAUACAAGCAGUGAAGACUCUCAUCACAGGUUCAUGCAAUGGCGAAGAUCAAGAACACAAUGCACGUGGAAGAUUCCUAAUUACGUCUUGUAAUUGGACUCGUGACGAACUGUUAAGUCACUUUACAAACGACUUUGAACUCGUUGAGGAACUUCCAACACCUGCAAUCUCAUUUGGUGGUAAACAAGGAAAAACUGUCACCUCAUUAAUAUUCAAAAUAAAAGCGGCGCAGGUUUGAACGUACAUUCCAUAUCAAUCCAUUAUUAUUGCAUGCUUCAUGUCUGUACAGUGUCUAAGGAUCAUAAAUAUUAUAGCA